CAAUUUUGAUAUGUCUCUUAGACUUUCUGGGGGAGUGGACGAAGAUUACAAGCUCUCCUCGUUGCUUUCAGAAGUCAAAAGGAGAAGAAAUAAAUGAAGAAAACUAUCGAUAAGCGAUACUUGAUUUCAGAAGACAUCUUCGAUUUAGGAAAUUGUAAUGUUAAGACUAAGGCAUUUGUUAUGUCAGUUGCGGAUGUUCUCAUCUAAUUACAGCAAUCGUGAAGUGUUGACUGAUUAUCACUACACUCCUUUCGAUGAUAACGAUCAAGGGCCAAGGACAAGUUUGUCACGACUAAACGAUCAAAUGCUAGAAUGUCAACAGAUUGGUAUUGGAAGUAUCAGUAAGUACGGUUUUCGUCUGUACGAUGGUCAGUUUCUCUAUGGUCCAAUUGCAAUUUUCCCGAAAGCCGUGCUCUCAUGGCGUGUUCUUACACCAGAUGAUAUCACUCCUGAGUCAGUGCAUUUUUUUGCGAUGCUUGAACCAAAGUUGGAUGUAUUGGUAGUUGGGCCAGGAGAUCGUCAACAUGUCGAUCCCGUUCGGAGACGAAUUGCCCCUUUUCUAUCUGAACAUAAGAUUGGACUCGAAAUCAUGCAUUCGGAAGAAGCAGCAAUGCUGUUCAAUAUGUUGAAUAUUGAAUACCGCUGUGUGGCUGCAGCACUUUAUCCACCCGAUGAUCUGCUGGUAACGACGAAUGACCAAGUACGCUUGAUGAACAUGUACGGAAAACCGUUAGCUGAGCGUAUGGAUAUGGGUAGUGAUAUCGAUGAUAAGUUAAGAUUGGCAAAAAAGCGAUGCGCAAAUAUUUGCCGGAAAGUGAAGCGAAGAGAAUGGAUAAAUUGCAAACUUCGAGAUUUUUGACAUCGGGGGAAAAUAGUGAUAGGAAUAAUGAAAAAACGGAAACUAAAUAACGCACUUUGCUAGUAAGCAUUGGUAAAAAGUUAAGGGUUCAACAUAACACGCCUAUUCAGUAUGAAAAGCAUGCUUCACGAUAUUCCUCAGCAAUGUUUUAUUGUAUCCAUUGCUAUGUUUUGCAAUUUAGAUAAGAUAGAAAAUCAUAACGGAUGAUCACGCUGUGGUGAUCAUUUGAAAAUCUUUCGUCAUACGCAACACAACAUAACCAUUGCCCUUGCAUAUUACUUACGUACCCAAUAUAUGAAAUAUCUGGGCAAAUAUCCGACGAUGCCAGAAGAAACUUUACUUUUCAAAUCUUCAUAAUGAUUAGCCGGUGAGAUUACUGCAUACUUCAAUUCUAAUUACUUAAGCAACCGCUUAUAAAAUAAUGAAAGAAUAAAAUGAUUGAUUACUCUUGAUGUGGAUAUAUAAGGAGUAACAUUCAUCUGCCAAUUACAUUCUUGUAUAGCAGUCGAUAGGUUUCUCAGCUUGGUG